AUGGAAACUAGGCUGACAAUAACUGCCCAGUUUAUAAGUGAUGGUCGUUCUCUGGGGUACGAAGGUGAAAGGUUAGAGAGGUAUGUGGCUGAGCAGAAAGAAGACUAUGAAAAAGCUAAGAAAGAGGAGUUUGAACGAGAAAAGUCCAGAUUUGAACGCGAGAAGGAGCAGUUUGAACGUGAGGAUAAGGCCAAGCGUGAGGAACACGAGAGGUGGAAAAAAAGAGAUGCCAGGAAGGAAAUCAAGAGGAAAGAGGAGAUGGAACUAGAAAGAAUGAAGGAAAAGUCAAUAACAGCGGCUGGGACGGCAACACAGGCAGAGGUGCGGCCUAGAAAUGUUUUAGAUAAACUUGACAGGGAAUGA